AUGGUCAUCCAAAGAAGAGGAGACGAUAGCUGCAACAGAAGGAUAACAGUAUGCAACUAUCCCAUUAGGGACAUCGACGAAGUAGGCUCUGGAACAUUUGGAAAAGUCUACAAGAUGGAUCGUGACGGAAAGACCUUCGCUGUGAAGAAAUUUACAUACUCAAACAGCGAUGCUCUCCAUAUUACAACACUGAGGGAAAUAAAGGCUUUGAGAGCAAUCCACAGCAAAUAUGUCCUGAAAAUAAACAAAAUACUGGUAAAUUCGUAUGUGAUACAUUUAAUAUUCCCCUACUACCAAUAUGAUCUUUACAAGUUGCUGGGUGUUGAAAACUUUACACUGGGAGAGAUCAAGCACAUAUUCUGGCAAAUUUUGAAGGGAGUUGAGUCAAUACACAGCAGUGGAUACUUACACAGAGACCUCAAGACUGCAAACAUACUGAUAAAUCGGCGCUCCAGGGGCGAUUUGUCCGCAAGAGGCUGCGAUGGCAGAUACAUCGACAACCAUAAGAACUUUGAUGGAUAUAGGAACUAUGGUGGUUACAAUGGUAGCAAAGAUAGUAGCUUCAAAAGGACAAGGAUCGAGGAGAAAUCUGGUGAGGAAUACCCAGGCACACCUUCUGGGUACGAGGCCUGCAUCUGUGACUUUGGAAUGUCGAGAAUACAUGGGAUAGACAUGUCGCCAGGUGUUGUCACACUGUGGUACAGACCACCGGAGAUUCUCCUGGGGUCAUCUUCGUAUUCUAGGUCUGCAGAUGUUUGGUCUCUUGGAUGCAUUCUGCUUGAAUUCUUCAACAAAAAGCCAAUAUUCAAGGCCAAUGCUGACAUUGAUGAGCUGUACAUGAUAAUUGAACUCUGCGGAAGUAUACACGAGGAAUCCUUUCCCGGAUGUGCCAAGCUGCCACUGUUUAGCAAAUACAAACUGAAAGAGGGUACACGAUGUAUACACGAAAGGUUCUCGCAGCAUUGCAAAGAGGCGGCUGAUUUAGCCGACAAGAUGCUUAAGCUAGAUCCAAAUGAAAGAGUGUCUAUCCAAAGCUGCCUUGGCCAUCCAUUUUUUACCUCAAUGUAA